AUGGCCGGCGCCGCGCUGAGCCACCUCGUCCGGAGGGCCAGUGACGAAGAAACAGACCCGGAAGCAGGAGACAAUGCCGAACAAGAGGUCAUGGCCUCUUGGGCACUAUUCAUUCUACUUGUUCUGCUGAUAAUAUCCUUCUUCACAAGCUACAUGCUUCAGCAAAAGAAGGUCCAAGCCGUCCAUGAAACUGUCAUUUCCAUCUUUGCCGGCAUGACGGUCGGUUUAUUACUCCGAGUGACUACAGGUCAUUCCCUUCAACAACUUGUCAGCUUUGACUUUCAAAUCUUCUUCAAUCUCCUACUGCCGCCGAUUAUCCUCAAUUCUGGCUACGAACUGCAUCAGGCGAAUUUCUUUCGAAACAUUGGCGUCAUCUUGACCUUUGCCUUUGCCGGCACCUUUCUGUCUGCCGUUGUCAUUGGAUUCAUCUUGUGGCUGUAUACUCGACUGCCCCUGGACAGUCUUGACAUGAGCUUUGUUGAUGCCAUUUCCGUAGGCGCAACGCUUUCGGCUACCGAUCCAGUCACCAUCUUGGCCAUUUUCAACACCUACAAGGUCGACCCGAAGCUGUACACAAUCAUUUUUGGCGAGUCUAUACUGAAUGACGCCAUUGCUAUUGUCAUUUUCGAGACUGCUCAAAAGUACAAGAGCGGCUCCGCGGCAUCAUACGGCAUCUUUAGUUUCCUCGAGGGUGUGGGCAUCUUCCUGCUUUCGUUCUUUGGCAGCUUGCUCAUCGGCAUCUUGGUUGGCGUCUCUACAGCCUUGAUCUUAAAGUUCACCUACCUGAGGCGAUACCCUCAGAUUGAGAGUUGCUUGGUGGUCUUGAUAUCUUAUGCCACUUAUUUCCUUGCCCAGGCACUACCUAAAAUGUCUGGUAUCGUGUCGCUGCUGUUCUGUGGAAUAACGUUGAAGCACUAUGCCUAUUUCAACAUGUCAAGGCGGACUCAGCUCAGUACCAAGUACCUCUUUCAGGUUCUUGCACAAUUGUCCGAAAAUUUCAUCUUCAUUUACCUUGGACUCUCACUCUUUACCGAUAAAGACUUGAGCUUCCGGCCUCUGUUGAUCAUCAUGACAGUUCUAGCAGUCUGUGCUGCUAGAUAUGUCGCGGUGUUCCCACUGUCUAGCGCCAUCAACUGGUUCAUUCGCUACAGGGCGAGACGUCGUGGACGAGACGUCACUGACGAGUUGCCUCGGAAUUACCAGGCAAUGCUCUUUUGGGCUGGUCUUCGUGGAGCUGUCGGUGUAGCACUUGCUGCGCUCCUCACUGGCGACAACUCUUAUGCCCUAAAAGCAACAGUUCUUGUUGUGGUGGUGCUUACAGUCAUCAUAUUUGGUGGUACAACGGCGCGCAUGCUUGAAAUUCUUGGCAUCAGAACUGGUGUGGUCGAGGAAGUUGACAGCGACGAUGAGUUUGACAUUGAGGCAGCACCUGGCGGUUCUUAUUACAAACGUUCGGGUACCGGUAUUGGCUAUACACCUAGAGCAAGAAACGGCUCCGUGGGCCUGUCCAACCUGCACAACAAGCGCAGAGAUAGCGAACCAAAGCGCAAGAGCUAUGCUUCGGGAUCGCACUCACCAUCCUAUGACGGGAGUGGCCGACCUGACAGUCUCAGCAGAAAGACUUCACGUGUUCAGGUGGCUGAGGAUAUGGAGCGGGGUGACCUUCUCGGAGGACGAUCUGGCAACAUGACGGACGACUCGGAUCUGGGAUCAGAUAUUGAUAUUUCUGAUCUACCACCACCCGCUCGCCGUCCACCGAGACGGAAAGAUAGCAGCCCUGGCAUUCUCACGCCAAGCGGCUUAUCGGAGGAAGAAACUGGCGUCUUCAACUACCCUACUUCGGGACACCGAGACGCACAGCCAGUGUCCGCAUCAGCUGCGAUUCGGCAAUUGUUCACUUCGCAAGAUCCUCAAGCCUUGUUUAGGCAACUAGAUGAGGACUUUAUCAAGCCAAAGCUCCUUCUCGACGGGCCGGGAGCCCCGGGCCCUAGAAACAAUGGCGAAGGAAGCAGCUAG